GUUUUGCGUCCAGGCCAGAAAGCAGGAAGUUAAAUAACAUCCACAUCAUAUCCGUCAACCAGAGGAGCAACAACAGCUCUGAGGUAGUCAAAGCAAACUUCUGCUGUCUUUCAAUGUCAUCUGGAGCUCCAAAGGGGGAGAACUGUCUUGUCGAUAUGGACAGUAAAGCUGGAGAUCCGUUCAGUGCUGAAGAUGCUCAUCCAACUGGCACAGGUGGAGGUGGAGUCCUGGCAAAGCUAUGGCUCCCUAAAGGCCUCUCACUAUCUAUGGCUAAAGAAUGGGUCGACAAGCGUCGCGUGUCCAUUCGACCAUGGGCUACCUUUGUGGACCAGCGAAAGUUUUCAAAACCCCGCAACUUCGGAGAGUUGUGUCAGAGGGUGGUGAAAAACGUGGAGACGUUCAACAGCAACUACACCUUCAUCUUCAUGGGUCUCAUCCUCUACUGCAUUAUCAGCUCUCCCAUGCUACUGAUUGCCUUGGCUGUGUUCGCUGGUGCCUUCUACAUAAUCCACCUCAAGUCCCUGGAGUCAAAACUGGUCGUCUUUGGUAGGGAGCUGACUGUCCCUCACCAGAUGAGCCUGGCUGGAGCUGUGUCAUUGCCUGUGUUCUGGUUGGCUGGAGCUGGAGCCGCAGUCUUUUGGGUUCUUGGAGCUACACUGUUCGUGAUUGGCUCUCAUGCUGCGUUCCGUCAGCUGGAAUCAUCCGACUUGGAGGAGCUCCUGAUGGAGCCAGUGUGAGGAGCGGACUGAACUCUCAGCAGGUGCAGGUCAUCGAUCAGUCUGUAUUUUGACCUUGUAAUCAUGUCAGUCGUGGCGAAUCAAGGGAAAAAUGACUCCAGAGUCAGAGCACCCUGCAUUUUAUCUUUAUCAGCAAAUCAAGAAAAGCACCUUGUCCUGCCUCUGAAAUAAUUGUUACUGUAUAGUUAUUUUUUUUUCAAUCUCACUUGUACACAUACAAAUAAUUGGUAUUGGGCAUUUAAGCACGUUAUAUAGAUCAUGCCUUUUUCUUGAAAUAUUAUAAACAUUUAAUGCUUCUGGUUUGUGUCUGCUCCUUGUAACAUUCCUUACACAGUUGGCUUAUAUACCUGCUAUAUUUUGGUGUCGAUGUCUUGGGAAAUGGCUUUUCUUAUGUAAAAAGUAUGUACAUGCAAUGGUCACACUGCUAAGAAUUUUUUUUUCAAAGACAAAGUGCCAUAAAGCUUUAAAAUGUCUUGUAAACGAAUCAUUUACAGAUAAAUUGAAAUGCUUUAUUCUACUGGAUUCAAGGAAACUAAUUUGGUAGGUAGGCUAAGGUCAGUAAUGGUGUUUUAUGAGGGGCAUAAUAUGGUACUCUGACGCUGACAGUUUACAUGUUGAUCAGCUCUGCUUUCAAUAGAAUCAGAUCUGAAGGUCAUUCUAUAACCCUGAAAUAUUUCUUUUUUGAAAUUAAUUUGUCUACAUGUAAGGUGAGUGUUUUUUGUAUUUAAAUGACAUUUUGGAAGGGCAAUAAACCUCUGAUGUAAAGAAA